UUCUCGUCCUGUCUCCUGUAUUCCUCCUCUCUGGACUUCUCUUGUAUGUUGCCCUGAUGGAUAUGUGGAGGAUCUUUCUGUCUCUUUCUCUCGUGGUCCAGCAGAGUUCAGCUGAAGAAGUUAUGCUGCUGGACACUACAGAGUCCACUGCUGAACUAGGCUGGACAACAUAUCCUGACACAGGGUGGGAUGAGGUGAGCGUGUUAGAUGACAAGGGGAAACUCAUGCGUACCUUUGAAGUCUGCAAUGUUAACCAGAACACUCGUCUCCAAGACAACUGGCUGGCUACACCCUUCCUGUACCGGCAGUCGGCUCCGCGGAUCUUCGUGACACUGCGCUUCUCGGUUCGCGACUGUGCCAGUUUACGCUCACCGUCUCCGACGUGCAGAGAGACGCUGACGCUCUACUAUAAACAGGCCGACUCCCAAAGGGAACUGGAGAGAACCUGGGCAGCUGAACCUUCAACUGGAGAAUCGAGAGAGGGCUGGGUGAAGAUCGACACCAUCGCAGCGGACAAAAGCUUCAGCCGCGUGGAGCCGAGUCUACCUCACCAGUACAAAUCUGAGAGUGCACGACGCAUCAAUGUGAAAACCCGCAGCUUUGCACCUCUUACACGCAAAGGGUUUGUGUUAGCCGUAGUAGACAGCGGAGCGUGCGUGUCCCUCAUGGGUGUUUCCAUAUUUUACCGCCGCUGUCCAGCAACCAGUCGUUACCUGGCUUUCUACCCUGCCACACCCUCAGGGGCUGAGCCCACAUCUCUGGUUCCAGUGACUGGGACUUGUGUACCUCAUAGCCAAUCACAAGGUGGGACACCGCCAAGAAUGCACUGUAACACAGAAGGUGAAUGGCUGGUGCCUGUAGGAGGAUGCACGUGUGAUGCGGGAUAUGAGCCAAACCAUAAUGGCUCAGCCUGUCUGGCGUGCCAAAUUGGGUCCUAUAAAGCGCUCGCAGGCUCAGGAUCCUGUACGGAGUGCCCGGCUAACAGCAGAACUAGUUCAGAAGGCUCCAAGCUUUGCGAGUGUCGGAGUGGUUUCUACCGCGCCCCCACCGAUGCUAAUACUACAGCCUGCACAAGUUCUCCAUCAGCACCAGUGUCCCUUUCAUGGGAGUAUGAGAGCGCAGAAGGUGGGGUAUCACUGAGAUGGAGACCACCCACAGAUAUGGGGGGUCGAAGUGAAGUGUGGUAUGGGGUGGUGUGUCGAAUCUGCCCUUCUGCCACUAACACCCCACCCAGCAUGUGCUCUUGGUGUGGAGAGAUGGUUACUUUUUCCCCCUCUCAGACUGGUCUAAAACAGACGAGGGUCACUCUCAAAAACCUGCUCACAAGAGUCACCUACCUCAUACAGGUUCAGGCAAUAAAUGAAGUAUCGGCACUAAGUCCAUUUCCACCUCAGUUUGCCAGCAUCAACUUCACCACCAGCCAAUCAGUGCCUUCUGAGGUUCCAAUGCUGCACCAGUUGAGCAGAGUUCAAGACUCCAUCACACUGUCAUGGCCUCAGCCUGAUCGGCCCAAUGGCGACAUCCUUGAAUACCAGCUUCGAUACUACGAUAAGGGUUCAGAUGAGGACAGUGCUGUGAGUGUGUUCAGUGAAACUAACACAGUAACAGUUGGAGGUUUGAUUCCAGGCUCCAUCUACGCCUUCCAGAUUCGUGCGCGAAACGAAAGGGGCUAUGGACCUUACAGCCACACCAUUUACUUCAGCACUUUAGCAAUGGAGGAACAAUCAAAGCAGAUUCAAAACCGUCUGCCUCUUAUGGUUGGAUCAGUGAUGGGUGGGGCAGCAUUUCUAUUAGUUGUAACAGCAAUCAUCAUCGUGUUUGUGUUUAAAAGUAAAAGAAGAGAGAGUCCUUAUAGUGACAGACUGCAGCGAUACAUCAGCAACAGAGGUGGAGUGAAAUAUUACGUAGACCCCUCCACUUACGAAGACCCCAGUGAGGCCGUCAAAGAAUUUGCACGAGAAAUUGACCCUGCUCACCUAAAGAUCGAAGAGGUCAUUGGUGCUGCUCAGUUUGGUGAGGUGUCCCGUGGGCGGUACAGACCCCUGGGCCGUAGAGAGGUAUUGGUUGCAGUUAAAACUUUACGCUGGGGAGUGACAGACCGAGAGAAGAAUGUGUUUCUCAGCGAGGCAGGCGUCCUUGGCCAGUUUGACCACCCCAAUGUACUGAAACUGGAGGGUGUGAUAACCCGCACCCCACCUGAACGUAUUAUCACAGAGUUUAUGGAGAACGGCCCACUUGAUGCCUUUCUGAGGGAGAAUGAGGAUCAGUUUAGUGUGCUACAGCUGGUGGGCAUGCUGAGAGGCGUUGGAGCUGGAAUGCGUUAUCUUUCAGAGAGGAAUUUUGUUCAUCGUGAUCUUGCAGCGAGGAACAUUCUUGUGAAUUCGAACCUUGUGUGUAAGGUGUCUGACUUCGGUCUGUCACGUUUAAUGAGGGGGCUGGACCGCAACAUGCCCACCUACACUGCAUCGCUGGGUAGUAAGAUCCCUGUACGGUGGACAGCCCCUGAAGCUUUCCAGCACCGUAAGUUCAGUUCAGCAAGUGACGUCUGGAGCUUUGGCAUACUAAUGUGGGAGGUCAUGUCAUAUGGAGAACGUCCAUACUGGGACAUGAGCAACCAAGAGGUAAUGAAGGCAGUUGUAGAUCAGUACCGUUUGCCUGCUCCGACCUGUUGUCCCCCUGCUCUUCAUGCACUCAUGCUUCAGUGCUGGCAGGCUGACAGACAGGACCGACCAGGCUUUGAUUCUCUUCUGUCAUCUCUUGACCGCCUCAUACGACACCCCGCUUCCCUGAAGGCUGACCACAUCCGUCCCACCCAGCCACUGCUAAGCCCCACCCCUACAGACCUCUCAUCAGUUGUAACAGUCAGUGAUUGGCUGACAGCUUUAAAGAUGGAUCGAUAUAAGGAUGCUUUUGAAAGAGCACAGUUUCACAGUUUGGAAAGAGUGAGCAUGCUCACAAUGGAGGAUGUACAGACUGUAGGUGUAAAUUUACUUGGUCAUCAGCGGAAGAUCGUAAACGCAGCUAAACAGCUCAGGACACACCUUACUCAGGGACAUGUGGAAGUCUAGGGCUUCCCACUUUGUGUAAACACAGCAGUGCAUGCUGGGGGUUGUAUAACCCACAGCCUGUGUCAGCCCACAACAACACUGGAUGAGAGAAAGAAAGAGGAAGAGAAGCUUUGAUGAAGACAAUUAUUACUUAUUCACUUUAUAGUCCCACCCUUCCUUGCCAACCUGUCGUCUUCCAUAUUCCUACUCUGACUUCCUCCUUUAUUGUUGCACUACCUCUCACUUUUUGGUUCUUUGCUUAUGGCAUUCAGUAUGAACUUGCGCCUUAAAUAAACACAGAAGGAAAACUCCUUUCACAAUCAAUUGCAAAGACAAUCAGAGACUUUGAAUGGACAGUUAUUGACUGUUAUGUCUUUGUUGGCACUUUUGGUCAAUGGCACUAGAUGUUGUGUAAUUUUGUCUGUAAAAAAACUGUACACACUGCAAAAAAAUUGUACUUUGUAUUUAAUUUGUCUUCUUGUCUAAUUCAAAUAUUUAAAUAUCCGUUAAAUAAGACAUACUUAAAAACCGUAUUUUUUUGUUCCCUUACGGCAGUGGUUCUUACAUUUUUCAGCCUGCGUUUUCACCAGUUUCAGAACCACUGCCUUAUAGAAAAGUAUUUUCUUGUUGUUUUAAACUUUAACCUCAAGCAGGUAUUAAAACAAUAAAAAGGCAAUAAUUUGAUUUAUUAGUACUUAUAGCUUAACAGUAUCUUUAAAACUAAAUCAAUUUAUCUUGUUUUAAGGAUGUUUAAAUAUUUACAGAAAAGAAAUAAUAAUUAAGAGAAUGUUUUCUUGCAGUACAGUCAGUCUCAUUUUUUGCCCCUGCAGCUGAAAACUUUUGUGUCACGUAGACUGAUGUACACAUAUUAUACGGUAGGUGUGCCAAGUGAGGAAAGUUUUUGUUUUGCAAUAGGGCAACAGUAUAAACUCACUUAAAGGAUUAUUAGAAACACCUGUUCAGUUUCUCAUUAAUGCAAUUAUCUAAUCAACCAAUCACAUGGCAGUUGUUUUAAUGCAUUUAGGGGUGUGGUCCAGGUCAAGACAAUCUCCUGAACUCCAAACUGAAUGUCAGAAUGGGAAAGAAAGGUGAUUUAAGCGUUUUUUGAGAGUAGCAUGGUUGUUGGUGCGAGACAGGCCGGUCUGAGUAUUUCACAAUCUGCUCAGUUAAUGGGAUUUUCAUGCACAACCAUUUCUAGGGUUUCCUGUGGGGAAAAUGCCUUGUUGAUGCUGGAGGUCAGAGGAGAAUGGGCCGACUGAUUCAAGCUGAUAGAAAAGCAACUUUGACUGAAAAAACUCAUUACAACCGAGGUAUGCAGCAAAGCAUUUGUGAAGCCACAACACGCACAACCUUGAGGCGGAUGGGCUACAACAGCAGAAGACCCCACUUAUCUCCACUACAAAAAGGAAAAGAGGCUACAAUUUGCACGAGCUCACCAACAUUGGACAGUUGAAGACUGGAAUAAUAUUGCCUGGUCUGAUGAGUCUUAUUUCUGUUGAGAUAUCAGAUGGUAGAGUCAGAAUUUGGCGUAAACAGAAUGAGAACAUGGAUCCAUCCUGCCUUGUUACCACUGUGCAGGCUGGUGGUGGGGGUGUAAUGAUGUAGGGGAUGUUUUCUUGGCACACUUUAGUCCCCUGAGUGCAAAUUGGGCAUUGUUUAAAUGCCACGGCCUACCUGAGCAUUGUUUCUGACCAUGUCCAUCCCUUUAUGACCACCAUGUACCCAUUCUUUCUGACUGCUACUUCCAGCAGGAUAAUGCACCAUGUCACCAAGCUCAAAUUUGUUACUUGAACAUGACAAUGAGUUCACUGUACUAAAAUGGCCCCCACAGUCACCAGAUCUAAACCCAAUAGAGCAUCUUUGGGAUGUGGUGGAACGGGAGCUUCGUGCCCUGGAUGUGCAUCCCACAAAUCUCCAUCAACUGCAAGAUGCUAUCCUAUCAAUAUAAGCCAACAUUUCUAAAGAAUGCUUUCAGCACCUUGUUGAAUCAAUGCCACAUAGAAUUAAGGCAGUUCUGAAGGCGAAAGGGGGUCAAACACAGUAUUAGUAUGGUGUUCCUAAUAAUCCUUUAGGUCAGUGUAGUUUUUAGGGUUACCUGUGACAUUCCAUGAUCACAUUGGUCUUCACAUCAACAUACAAAAGCAAAAGGUUCAAAUCAUUAUGUGCUUCUGUGUGCUGAUCCUAAAGACAUUUCCUAUCACCAGACCAGACCUGAUCUUGUCCCAAAGUACAUGAUCAUCUCACCCCUUAAAUAAUGUAGCAUAAAGUUGCAUUGUAACAUAUGAGCAUAGUAAGGUAGUUUUUGCAGUAAAUGUGAUUAUUAUUGCUGGCUGAUAUGGGAGAGCGAGAUGUAUAUGUGUAUAUUUUGAGUGUGUGUGUUUGUGUGACAGACUUUAAGUGUAUAGUUAAAGAAAAGUAUGCUUGGCAUGUGAAUGGAUUUCUGUGUGUAGAAAUCCAUGCACAGUUUAAAAGAGUGUAUGAUCAAGUGGUUGUAUAUAUCGAUCUGUUUCAUUGUACAGUUGUUCAUCACCACGAUUCCACCAUUGUGCAAAUUUGUAAAAUAUAUAUGAUUUUGUUUAAA